AUGGAAGAUUGCUUAAAGAGUUUAAUUCACAGUUCAAAGCGUAUUGCUUCUGUAGCCUUUGUUGAAAACGACGAUACAGUGCUGAUAUCAAAUGAGGGAUUCAGAAAGCGUUUAAGAGAAGCAGAUUCAUUUGAAAAUGCAAUACAUUCCAUCUGCUUUGGUGAAGAAUCAAUUCAAAAAAUUACCUCAGAAAUACCCACUUUGAAAGGAAAUGCACAUAUCAAGGCACACCAAGCACAGCAUUUACUAAAUAUAUUAAGGCAGCUUAAUGGCAUUUGUAAAGAUCAAUCUAUACAACGAGUGAUUGAAGAAUAUACCAAGACAAUUGAAGAAAGAGAAAGCCAUAUGGCCACACUCUAUUCGGAAUACAAUGAAGCAGACGCGCAUAUCGAUGCACUACAGGACCGUAUCAGCGCUGAAAAGAGUCGAGCCACAGAAAUGCCGUCGUAUGAGUAUCAAGAGAACUUGAUUCGAAAUCUAAAACAACAGCUCAGUAAUAUCGAUAAGAAGCGAGAAGAAAAUCAAAAGAAGAGAGCGAGAAAGCAAGAGGAGUUGCAAAGACUGCUACUUUCGAACCAGGAAAGCAGACGAGAUCCAUCUAUUGAGGCGCUUCAGGCCAGGAUUAGACAGAUGAAAGAAAGGAUAAAGGAAUAUGAUAACCUAUUGCAGCAAAAGCCAACAACACAUGUCACAGCCUUGUCUACCCAGGAUGCCUUCUUGGGACUCAAGGCGAGAUUUGAUAAGCUCGUGAGUGAACACAGUCAAGUAGAGGCACCGGGUAAAGACAGCUUGAUCGAACAGGUUCGUUAUGUUGUUGAACAGCUGCGACAGACGAUCGGUAAACUCAAUACGGCAGAGCAUGUCAACCACAGACUACAGAAUUUCAAGGAUAUCUAUACACGGUUAAUUGAUUAUACGUUGGAUAAAAGUAACAGCGCACAUUUGAAUGAAGAAGAGUUCAAGCAGGCAUUCACGUUGAAUGAGUCCAUAGAGGUGCUCAAGAAUGAUUCUGUGCUGUUGGCUGCUAUCAUUCGUCGCCUUUUGGAGACUAAACAAGAAACGGUCAGUGAUCUGACAGAGUACACAAAGGCCUUUGCUGAAGAACGUCAAAUAGCCACAAAGGCAAGUCAAUCCAUUUAUCUGCUCGUAGCAGCUGGUCUUCUUGAAUCUGAUCGAAGUCAGGGUGAAAGUGUCAUCAAGAUUACAGCUGCUUUAAAUUCAGCUUAA